UUUCCUAAGGGCGCUGCUGUGCGGCCUAGACGCGAGCGCGCAUCCUCGGCCUGCGUUAGCGGAGCAGGCCAUGGGCGAAGCCGAGAACUCGGCCGGGACUGCGGCGGAGGGGAAGCCGCCUUGCCCCGCCGUGGGGACUGCGACGGAGGAGGAAGCCGCGGCGUCCACCACGGCCUUGACGACCUCCUCCUCGUCCUCUUCCAUGGCGACUGCGCUUCCCCCGCCUCUGCCGCCUCUCCCCGCGCCGCCCGUGGUCUGGAGCCCCGAGGUGGAGGUCUGCCUCUUCCACGCCAUGCUGGGACACAAGCCCGUCGGUGUGAAUCGCCAUUUUCACAUGAUCUGUAUCCGAGAUAAGUUCAGUCAAAAUAUUGGGAGGCAGAUUUCUUCCAAAGUCAUCUGGGACCACUUGAGUACCAUGUAUGACAUGCAAGCGCUGCAUGAGUCUGAGAUUCUUCCCUUUCCCAACUCAGAAAAAAACUUCAUUCUCCCUGAAGAAAUUAUCCAAGAGGUAAAAGAAGGAAAAGUAAUGAAUGAAGACGAGAUCAAAGAAGAAAUAAAAGAAGAGAUGGAAUCGCAUGCAGGUCCUGAAGAAGUCUAUGCAUCCCUGGGAAGCCUAGCCAAACCAGCUGAAAAGCCAAGCAGCAAGGAGAAGGAGAGGAGCUCCUCCGAGUCGGGAUCCAAAGAAGGAGGGGAUAAAAGGAAGCGGAACAGAGCCACCGAGAAGGUCUUAAAUGCAAACAGCAAUCCUUCCAGUCCAAGUGCUGCAAAACGGCGCCGGACAUAGAAGCAGCAAGCGGAAGAAGCCCAACAUGCAUUUGAACAGCAGAGCCUAGGAAGCAAAAGGUUUUGGGACAUCUAGUUUGCUAGAACAAAGGGGGAAAUGACUAGUAAGGGAGCAGGACAUAUGGGCAAACAUGAGCUUGGUUGUCUCUCUUCAAAACAGAUAGUUUCCUGAUCAGCAGAAAUAAGUGAAAUUUUUAGGAUGAGGGGAAAGCUGUCUGCUUUACAAAUGUUAAGUUGACUAAGCAGAUCUGGUGGCAGGAAAUUUUAUUAACCCACCACUUCAUGCUGUGUUCAGCUCAAUUCUUAGAAUGAGCAUUUUAUGGGGAAAAGGGAAACAUGGAUCUAAAGUGGCUGAUUUCAGCUUUCAGUCUUUUUUAUGUCAUGAAGUGGAGAUGCUAAUUUUGAUGACUGCAGUUUGAUUAUAGCCAUCAGUGUCCGUCUAUCAGCAAAACAUAGUCGUUUCUACUUUUUCCUACUUACCCAUAAACCAAUUUGCUAUACCAAA